CCAUCCAAUGGUCGUCUCUUCCGAUUGAUCGCGUGCUGAGACCUUGUCCACACAAGUCAAAUGUUCGUAUGAUUUUUGAAGAGUCACUAGGACAGACAAAUUCUAACAGACGUUUGACCAGAUAUCACGAUACCUUUUUAAUAUAUUGUCUGUAAUGGAAUCAGUUCUUGAAACUCUUCAAAGUUUAGCCGAAAAUGGGGGAUUCGACCGCCCGCAAGCGUGUACACUACUCGAGCAAACACUUCGACUUACGCUAGAAAGAAUUCUUGCCCGACGCAGAAAACGAUUUAUAAGGAAAAUUCGGCUUCUUCUCGCACAAAGACGUACAAGGGAACUUACAGCCCUUUGCUUGUGCUUAAAUAAGCCGAAGGAGAAACAAAAGUCAAAUCGUUGUGCAUGGGUUCUCCCGCGUCCACAAUCAUGGUUUGACUCAGCUUUGAUGAAUAGCUACGAGGACAGCUUAUGGAUGGAGAAGUUCCAUGUCAGUAGGAACACUUUCAUGUAUAUACUGAAUACGUUUGGUUCUCAGCUUGCCAGGAAGGACACUUUAAUGAGAGAGUCAGUACCUGUGGAAAAGAGAGUUGCCGUAGCCCUGUUUCGCCUUGCCACAGGGAGCCCGUAUAAUAAAACUGGGGAGCAGUUUGGUAUUGGCAGAUGCACUUCUCUUAACAUUAAAGACGAGUUUUGUGAGGUACUCGUUAAAAAUGCUAAGGAUUUUAUAAAGUUUCCGACCACCGAAGAGGACACAAGGGCAGCUAUCGAUGGGUUUGAGGGGAAAUGCCAGAUACCUCAGUUGGCUGGGGCUAUUAAAGCUGUGCGCUUCAAAAUCAAAGCCCCAAGCCUUGUUACCCAUAAGAUGAAGUACUACAAUGAUAAUCUUAAGUGCCAUAGCAUGACACUACAGGCUGUUACAGACAGUAGUGGCAAGUUCCUGGAUGUAAGCACAGGCUACCCAGGAGGUAUAACUAACACAGAGGCCCUAGCGAUGAGUGACAUAUACAAGAACGUCAAACAGGGGGUCAUCCUAAACUCACCAUCUGCAACUGUAGAGGGCUUACAAGUGAAGCCAAUAAUAGCAACAGAUGCAUCAUAUAAGCUGAGAAAAUGGUGCAUAUGUCCGUACCCAGAUAACAACAUGCUAAGUCCAAGCCAAGAAAGGUUCAAUUCUGAGCUAGGUUCUGCUGUACAUAUUGCUGAAGAUGCUCUUGCUAGGCUAAGAGGUCGAUGGAAUACUCUUGCAGGAAGUUGCCUGGAUGAAAAUGUUGAGAAGAUUCCGGAAACAGUUCUUAUAUGUUGUGUUCUGCAUAACAUAUGUGUGGAGCAAGAAGACCCCACUGUUAUUAUACCACAUCCUGCGAAGUAUGAGAGCACCCCAUAUGUUGGGAAAGAGGAUAGUGAAGAUGACACGGCAGAGGCUGUUUCUAUCCUCAAAAGUCUCAAUGAACCAACUGGGGAGGAUGUAAGGGAAGCACUUAGAGCUCAUGUUGAGCACAUUAGUUCAAAUGUUGUCCAUAAAUAUCUGACUGAUCACAGUAAUACUUAGCUAGUCCUAGGUCAUGGCAAUACACUGGCUUUUCCAUAAAUUUCUGAUAGUUUCUUGCCCCACAUUAGCUGUUUCAAGAUAUAACUGACUGAUUUUUACAGGUCUGCCACCCUGUGCAUGCAAUAUUUCAACUUAUAAGUGAUAUGAUCGCCUUCAAGGAAGCACUGGCUGACUGUUAGCAAUAUAUCUACACAAGGCUUGGAGCCUUCUGCAUGCUUUAAACACCUCUUAUAAAAAUGUAAUAAUUUUGAUUGUAGCCUGUUGUCUGCGCCUGUUAGGCUGGUAUUUCCUGUACAAGAAUUCAAUAACAAUAAUAUAUUUUUUCGAUAUCAGAUAAAAUAAGUGGAGUGCUAUGUUAUUGCUCGAGCGAGCGAGAGCAACACUAAUUUCGGUAUCGUGUCGAUUUGGGUUUCCUGUGGAACAAACCGUCGCCAUCUUGGAAACGAAAUCUCACGUCCCCUCCCCUCAUCGUCAAUUAGUAGUCUAUGCGUUGCCUUUCCAGCUUCUAUUUGGACGGACUUUGUGGAAACCAAGAUUUGGGCUACCUUUGGCAGUCCGCGAUUCACCAGGAUUUUACGCACUUACCUUGUGUUUCCGAUAAUGUUGAAAGCUCCUUCGAUUUAUACCGCGAAUACGAUGGCGAUAUCAAAGAAUUAUUUGCAUUGUCCAGUCCAGAACUACUAUGAUUGCAAAUCAUUGCCCAAGAAAUAAAAAAAAAUGGAUUGCUUCAUUAUUUUAAACCAAGGCAAACACAGCCACGGAGAAGACACAGAGAUUCUUUACAAAUCAGUGGGCUCCAGUGAAUACUGCAGUGUACUUACAUGCAGAAGCUAUUGUUAGGGAUAACCAGGAGACCAUAAAUUCUGCAUAGUUAACUAUAUGUUAAUACAUGAGCAAUAAUCUUUUCAGUAGCUAUUAUCAUGGCCACCACUUAGACCCAAAUAGCUUACUGCGUAUGUACAGGCAUGCAGCUCGGGGUGGGCACACGGGUUGUGCCCCUCCCACUCAACCACCAAAAAGCUGUCUUUUUUUAAAUAUACUUACUUUCCACAAUAUCUAUGACUGCACAUCCCCUCCACAGCUAAUCAGAUUGUUUGUUAUGGUUAUCAGACUUCACCUUUCCCUUCCUAGGGUCUUCAAUUAAUUUUUUUUUGUUUAAUAAAAUAAGACUCACUUUUA